UGCGGCCAUUGUCCGGCCCCAGUGUGGCUAAGGCCGCUUUGGGCCGUCCCUCCGCACAUCAGAAUUGGAGAGGACUGAACCUGCAGCGCGUGCGGGAGGAGCUGGCCCCAGCCCCGGGUGGGCCCGACGUCGCGAAAUCCGGAGUCCGCAGGAGGCGCCCCAGUCUGGGAGCCGGCCCCAGCGAGGCAGGAAUGGCCCCGAGGCCUCCGACGGCCGCGCCCCAGGGACACAGCCACAGUGCUGAGCAAGAAUACGGUAUGGAGGAGCCAGUGUUGGGUGUGGAUGUGGUCAUGAUGUGGUCAUGAUCCUCUCUCAACAGGAGGAGGGCCCUCUCCUGUCUCUCUAGAAUUCACAUCUCUGUCAGGAAACCAGAGUUCAGUGUGAAUCAGAUACUUACUGGACACUGUGUUUUCAAGUUAAAGAAAAAAAGGAAUCAGUGACAUUCAAAGAUGUGGCUGUGGACUUCACCCAGGAAGAAUGGCACCACGUGGACCCUGCUCAGAGGCGCUUGUACAGGGAUGUGAUGCUGGAGAACUAUAGCCACCUGGUUUCUCUUGGGUAUCAAGUUUCCAAGCCAGAGGUGAUCUUCAAAUUGGAACAAGGAGAAGAGCCAUGGAUAUCAGAGGGAGAAAUCCAAAGACCUUUCUGUCCAGACUGGAAGACCAGGCCCGAAGCCAAAUCAUCACAUCUGCAAGAGAGCGUCUCUGCAGGAUCCCGUAGCACAGAUGGCCUUUCGCAUGCCACCUUCCAAAGCACUUGGGGUGUUGGUAGCCAGUUUGAGAGGCACCAGGAAAACUGGAAAAGGUACUUGGGGCCAGAUGCAUCCAACCAGAAGAAAAUAAUCACGCCAGAAGAAAACUUCCAGCAAAAUAAAUUUGGUGAAAACUCUAGAUUGAACACAGUCCUGGUUACACAACUGAAUGGUCCUUCAAGGCCUAAUGAAUGUGAUACACUCGGAAGCAGUUUGGGACAUACUUCAGAUAUAAUUAAUCAGAAUAACAUCCUUGCGAAAAAGAAACCUUAUAAAUGUGACAAAUGUAGAAAAGCCUUUAUUCAUAGAUCAUCGCUUACUAAACAUGAGAAAACUCAUAAAGGAGAGGGAGCUUUCCCCAAUGGUACAGAUCAGGGUAUUUAUCCUGGAAAGAAACACCAUGAAUGUACUGACUGUGGGAAAACCUUCCUCUGGAAGACACAACUUACUGAGCAUCAGAGAAUUCACACUGGGGAGAAGCCCUUUGAAUGUAAUGUGUGUGGGAAGGCCUUCAGGCAUAGCUCAUCCCUUGGUCAGCAUGAGAAUGCUCACACGGGAGAGAAGCCUUACCAGUGCAGUCUCUGUGGGAAAGCCUUCCAGCGCAGCUCCUCCCUUGUUCAACACCAGAGAAUUCACACUGGAGAGAAACCCUAUCGAUGCAAUUUAUGUGGGAGAUCUUUUAGGCAUGGCACGUCCCUCACUCAGCAUGAGGUCACACACAGUGGAGAGAAACCCUUCCAGUGUAAGGAAUGUGGGAAAGCCUUUAGUCGAUGUUCUUCCCUCGUCCAGCAUGAAAGGACUCAUACGGGAGAGAAACCUUUUGAAUGUAGCAUAUGUGGGAGGGCUUUUGGUCAGAGUCCAUCCCUUUAUAAACAUAUGAGGAUUCAUAAGAGAGGCAAACCUUACCAAAGCAAUAACUAUAGCAUAGAUUUCAAGCACAGCUCAUCUCUUACUCAAGAUGAAAGCACCGUCACUGAAAUGAAAUCCUAUCAUUGUAAUGACUGUGGGGAAGACUUCAGUCUCAUUACUGACUUUACUGAUCAUCAGAGGAUCCAUUCCGGACAGAACCCCUAUGAAUGUGAGCAGAACUUUAGUCAACAACCUAUUUCUCAUCCCGGAGAGAAACCCUAUCAGUGUAAUGUAUGUGGAAAAGCUUUCAAAAGGAGUACAAGCUUCAUAGAACAUCACAGAAUUCAUACUGGAGAAAAACCCUACGAAUGUAACGAAUGUGGAGAAGCCUUUAGUCGGCGCUCGUCGCUUACUCAGCAUGAGAGAACCCACACUGGAGAGAAACCCUAUGAAUGUAUUGACUGUGGGAAAGCCUUCAGUCAAAGUUCAUCCCUCAUUCAGCAUGAGAGAACUCAUACUGGAGAAAAACCCUAUGAAUGUCAUGAAUGUGGGCGAGCCUUUCGAAAGAAAACCAAUCUUCACGAUCAUCAGAGAAUUCAUACCGGAGAAAAACCCUAUGCUUGUAAGGAAUGUGGGAAAAACUUCAGUAGAAGUUCAGCACUAACUAAACACCAGAGAAUUCAUGCACGAAAUAAACUGUAGAAGCCCUGAAAUUAAGGAAUGUGCAGAAAAUUUUAGCUAAAAUAUUGUUCUUAUUUAGUAUCUGAGGAUUCUUACUAGAGAGGAAGCUUGAGAAUGUAAUGGCUCUGUGUGUGUGUGUGUGUGUGUGUGUGUGCGCGCGCGCGCGCACGUGCACGUCUGUGAAGAGAGCUCUGUGCUAGUGACAAUGUUUUUAAUAAAUAGAAACCACUGUGUGUGUGUGUGUGUGUGUGUGCGCGCGAAGAGAGCUCUGUGCUAGUGACAAUGUUUUUUUUUAAAUAAAUAGAAACCACAUUCUCAAAUCUGAUUAUAGACUUUUGUAAAAACAACUACAAACAUCAUAUAUAACCAAUUGGAAAGGAUAUGCCUAUGUAUGGGACUUUAUAAAGCUUUUGAAUAUAUGUAUGCAGGAGAUCAUCAGCUUUGAACAGUUUGACUUGUAACUCUGUGUUUACAAUCUUUUUUAAUAAAGCUCCUGCAGUAAUGACCAAAACUUACUUUUAAAAUUGCUUGACAACUGCAUUCAACUGCAGCUCUUACAUUAAAUUCGCCAUGGAAACCAAUUCCACCUCCCGGAAUCCAGCAUUCAAAGAAUGAGAUCAGCUGGUCCAACCAC